UUUUUCAGAAAAAAGAAAUAAGCGUUGGAGAAAUUUCAUCGAUCUGCUUUAUAACAAUGAGUCAACUAAGAAUUAGAGACCAUCAAUGGAUUACACAAGAAACAAUCCACGAAGCAGCCAAAAUAGGCAUUGCAAAGAUAUCUGUAGAACACAGCAAACGGGUUGGAAAAACCUACAACACUAAAAUAGCUGAAAAACUUGCUGAGCACGCCAGCAAAAUUGCUGAGGAUAAAGAUUUUCAAGAAACAGCUAAACUGUUAGAUUCCACCGACGUGACAGAGGAAUCACUGUCUGACAUCUGCAAAGAGCUGAUGGGGAAGGCGACGAAUGUCCUCACAGGACUUGUGAGCUGCAUUGCAUUGACCAUAGCUCUUAUUGCACGCCGUGGUCUGACGUUCGUCUGUCAGAUUUUAAAAUGUUUCGCGGCCAUAGUUUACUCAAUCUAUACCUGGUUCCGGUCAGCCUUGUCUAAGGUGCUCAGCGUCGCCAAGACUGUGGAUGACCAGGUGCAGGUUGCAAGGUCUAACCUUCAAGACGCUGUCAUUGAGGACUGGAAAUGUUUCUUGUCUUAGUUUAAAAAGUUGACAUCAGAGUUCUUAUCUAUAGUUUUAGUUGUGUAUAUCGUCUAUACCGUCAGAAACAUGUAUUUUAAUGACAAUCGACCGAUGAGGCUAUCACGAAGCAGAGAGAAUAAGAAAGAAAUGUUUUGUCUUCAUUUGACGAAAUUUAAUUAUAAUCACAUUGAGCUAUAUCCAUAAAGAUGCUUAAUUUAAUAAAGCUG